GACCUCCGCUUCUUCUUCCGCUUCUACUAUCAUCCAUCCGUGGUCACUAAUUCAGUUGGGCCGAUACAUGAUAGGUACCACACGGUGUGGUACGACAAAGGAUUUCAUAACCAUCUCCAUUAGAUUUCUCUUUCAGUGACUGAACGCUAAACAUCAGACCAUGGCGCUUCUGACGCCCCUGCUUGCCUUCCUGUACCACUUGCCGCAUGUGUACAAGUGGCUCCUGAGGCCCUACUACGUCGCCUCUCUCUUCAUGUCCGUCGCCUUCCUGGCGAUCCGCAAAACACCCGGCGUCUGCGACCAUCUGUCGACGCAACGAGAAGAUGGCAACCCCUGCGAUUUUGAUUGGAGAGAGGUGGAAAUUCUUAUGUUCCUUAGUGCCAUUGUUAUGAUGAAGAACAGGCGAGCCAUCACGGUGGAGCAGCAUGUGGGGAACAUCAUCUUGUUCAGCAAGGUGGCGAACGUUCUCCUGUUCUUCAGGCUGGACAUCCGUCUGGGCCUGCUCUACCUGACGCUCUGCAUAGUGUUCCUGAUGACAUGCAAACCCCCUCUCUACAUGGGACCUGAGUACAUCAAAUACUUCAGUGACAAAACCAUUGAUGACGAGCUGGAGAGAGACGGGCGAGUGACCUGGAUUGUAGAGUUUUUCGCCAACUGGUCUCCCGAAUGUCAGUCCUUCGCCUCGGUCUACGCAGACCUCUCCCUGAAGUAUAACUGUGCUGGCCUCAAGUUUGGCAAAGUUGACAUUGGACGCUACGGAGAGGUGUCCAAAAAGUACAAAGUGUCCGCGUCUCCUCUGUCCAAGCAGCUGCCCUCCUUGGUGAUCUUCCAGGGGGGAAAGGAGGUCAUGAGACGCCCCCAGGUGGACAAGAAGGGCAGGGCGGUGUCCUGGACCUUCACAGAGGAGAAUAUCAUCAGGGAAUUCAACCUCAACGAGCUCUACCAGAAAUCCAAAAAGCUCAGCAAGACCAAGGGGGCGGCAGCGGAUAAGGCCGCCCUAUCACAGUUCCCUCCCGUUCUGGAAGAGGAGGAGCCAGAACAGGAAGUGGUCGGAGCACAGGAGGAGGAUCUGGAAACCAAGAAGGACAAAUAAAAGUCACAUGCAAUGUUCUGCAUAUGUCAGAGUGUUGUAUAAUUAUUUUCUGUGAUAUUUCCAUGUGUUUGCUCACCAAUGUGAAGCAUGGCUUUGCCGAUUUUGUUAAUAACUGAACUAAUCCGGCCAUUUUAAAAGACACUAAUAAUAAUAAUGAGGUGUUAAAAUUUUUCAAAGUGAACAGCGAGGGGCGGCCAAACAAGGGUGGUCCAGGCUUUCUGACGAGGUUAUUACGACAUUGAACCGGGUCCACUUGAACUCAAAGUCUGUAAGAGGUACUACAGCAGGUGAGGUACUCUUCCUAUGUUGCCUUUUACUGUGCAGUGUAUGUGCAAGUCAACGCCCGACCAGAACUGCUCAUGACGGUUUCCUUUUCCUGUUUUUGAACAAGGGAACAUUGAUUGUUAAUCCUUGUCCCUUGUUCAUAUUAAUCUAAAUUGAUAGGAUUUUUAAGUUAACUUCUUUUUUACACAAAUAUAUGUUGAAGGACGAGUCAUUUAUUAUUAUGUUUGUUAGUGUUACAUUUCUACAUUCCCUUUUAGAAGCGGCUACUGCAGCCGGUACAUUGCAAGCACUGCAGAUUCAUCUGCUAAACAUUCCAUUCGUUUUAAGGUCCUCAGCGGACUUCUCCCAACGGCCUGCUAGUAGCUGUUGAUAGCUGAGCAUGCCACAGCCACCUCGGUCUUUGCAGUGGUGUGUUGUGUAACAAAGAGUGAUGCUAAAUUUAACUGCUUUGUUUUGUGGUAAAAGACUCAAUUUAUUGCAAUCGCAGUGUUUUGAUGACUUGCCAGGCCAGUAGCCUACAUCUCAAAGGCCCGAUGUGCAUGAAGGGAUUUCAAAGCGUUUUGUGUUUUUGCCUGUCAACUGAGGUUGAAUACUUUAACUUUUCCUCGUUCAAACAUGGUGCAACAGUUAAAUGUUCACGUGGUAAGUCAUAAACAAAAAGUAGUUUUUUUUUUUUAUUUGCUUAACUGAGAAUUACACUGCGGGUCUUUUCCAUGUCCAAUAAUUUCAGAACAUAACGUAACCCUUUUUGUUAAGUUAGUUUUGGCAAAAGCAUAACUCUGUAAAGAAGCUGUUUUUCAUCAUUGCGCGGUUUUUCAUUUUAAUAAUUGCCCUUUUGUUUCUACAAGAGAAUGUUUAAUUUAACUUAUUUACGGUCUUAAUUUCGCUAACACUGGAUUCCUCGUAGCUGUCCGCAUGUCCCUUGGCCUCUUCUUUCUUUUUUUUCUUUUUUCUUAAAGGGACAGAUGUGUAAUGGCUUAUUCACAAUAUCAAGAAGCCUCCCUUAUCAGCACGCUGUGUUGGAUGAGGAUAUCUGGCUGCAAAUAAUUUAUGUAUUAACGGUACCAUGCAAUGAAACAAAUGUACAUAAAACUAAAGGAACAACA